AAUUUGAAGAGUUGUAUGUAGUGGACGACGCUCAGGUUGGCCCGAUGCGCACUUUGAUUUUCCCGCUAUUACGUAAUUUUCGUUUUCGCGCCUGUGCGCUGGCGUUAGCGCGAGAAGCACAAUCUGCCUUUACCUGCGAAGCGCACACCUAUGCUGACGUGACUACACGAGAACGCGCACAGCCUGCUAGUCUCUCUCUGAUAGGAACCGCCCGCCCCUAAUGAGUUCAAGGCAGCCUGCUUGAGUGACCCAACUACAAAAGAUAAAGACUUUCCAUAUUCAGCCUUGGUUUCAUGUCUGUUGCAGCUCUUCUAAUGGUGAGGCAUUUAUGUUGAGUAAGAAAGUAUCUCUAAACAGACACGGACAUUGCAAAUAAGGAGUAGGAAGCUGUGUCAGACCAUGUCGCAGAGGCACUCCGAUGGUUCAAUUGGGGACCAGGCCCCUCUUCUGCUGGAAAGCAAAUUUGCAUCUGAUCUUCAUUUAGAAACACAGACUGAUGCACCUUCUAAAUCAGCCUUAAGGUCAAAGCAAAAAUCUGUGGGAUCAACUUUGAAAGUUGACCAUCCUACAUCACAGACCUCUCCUAGUACUGGUGAGAAUGAUAAGAAAGUUGUCUUGAGUACUGAUAGUCAAGCAGCAUUACGGCGUGGCACUCAGCAGCUUAUCCCAAAGAACCUGGCUGUGGCUAGUCGGCCAAAACAUCGCUACCAUACAACUGUAGUGACAAUGCCAGUUCCAGAAAGAGAGCUGGAGAAAGAUAAGCGAGUUUCUGCCCCUGACCUUGCUUGGGAGGACCAUUUCCAUGAGGAUAUGGAGGAGGAAGGAGGCAUGCUAAAAAGGAACCUUCGUAACCAGUCCUAUCGUGCAGCAGUGAAAUUCUUUGACUGUGGAGAUAAAGAUGCAAUGAAGCUGAACACCUCACUAAAGCCAGUUACAGAGGAGAAGGCUGCUUCACCACAGGUGUCAUCCAAAUCCAAAAAAGCUCUGACAAGGAAGAGGAAUGCAAAGCAUGGCUCCUUCAAAGACGAACCACGAUUGUAUCAGGAGAUCCGAGAACGAGGUUUGCAUGCAAGCAGCUGUCAGGAUGCAGAUGAUGACCUGUUGGAUGACUUUGUACAUGUUGAGCACCCUGAACCAGAUGAAGGCAUUGUUGUCAAGAGCUACAGGCCUGCACAUAUCACUUGGAGCCAGCUACCCCAGGUCCAAGAGAUGGGUAUACUGGAAAAUAUCUCACCUGAGGAACGCAAACGUCAAGAAGCCAUUUUUGAAAUCAUAACUUCAGAGUACUCCUAUCAACACAGUUUAGACAUCCUUGUGCGUCUAUUCAAAAAAUCAGAAACUCUGAGAAAGACGCUUGCUGGCAUUGAACAUCAUCACCUUUUCUCAAACAUCUCUGACAUCCUGGAAGCUAGCAAAAAUUUUUUUGAAGACCUUGAAAAGCGCCAUCGUGACAACCCUUUGAUCAAUGACAUCAGUGACAUUAUGGAGUACCAUGCCACAAACACCUUCAAACCCUAUAUUAUAUACUGCUCUAAUGAAGUCUACCAGCAAAGGACUUUGCAAAAGCUGCUGGCAAGUAAUAUGCUUUUUAAGGAUGCUCUGAAGAAAAUUGAGAUGAUGCCAGAAUGUGGUGGGCUCCCAAUGAUCUCAUUUCUUAUACUGCCAAUGCAAAGAGUGACCAGAUUGCCUCUGCUCAUGGAUACAGUUCACCAGAAAACAAAUAAACAGUCUCCAGAGUUUGAAUCUGCUGCUUCAGCCCUGAAAGCCAUUAGCAAGCUUGUCAGAAAAUGCAAUGAUGGGGCAAGACGAAUGGAAAAGACUGAGCAGAUGUAUACAAUACAGAAACAGCUGGAGUUUGGAAAAAUCAAGCCAUUCCCCCUGAUUUCUGCAUCAAGAUGGCUGUUGAAACGUGGAGAAUUGGCUGCCUGCAUGGAGGAACUCAGCAUUUUCUGGAAGGCCUUCACCAACAAGACCUACUACCUCUUUCUGUUCAAUGAUGUGCUUAUUGUCACAAAAAAGAAAAGUGAGGAGAGCUAUUUGGUAUUGGACUAUGCCACACUACAGCACGUUGAGGUAAAGGCACUUGAGCCCAAUGAGGUGCAGCAGUCCCCUACUUCAAAGGUUGCUAGUGGGACACCUCGCAGUGCUACUGGGCUGCACUUGUUCAGAGUGCUGAUGAAGAAGAACAGUGAAGGCCGAGAAGAGCAGAUUACUUUGUCAACUGACACCCUGAGUGAUCGAGCUCGAUGGGUCAGUGCACUGCAGCACCAGCAAAAUACAAGUAGAAUCGCAACAAACAAAGAAGACUUGCCACAAGUGGAAGUUAUCAAGGCCUACCUAUCUAAGCAGCCUGAUGAGCUAGCUCUCCAGCAGGCUGAUGUAGUUACAGUUUUGCAGAAGGUUGAUGGUUGGUACCAGGGUGAGAGGUUGCGGGAUGGAGAGAGAGGAUGGUUUCCUGACAGCUGUGCAAAGGAGAUUACUAAUCGCGUCGCUGUAGAACGCAACGUACGACGCAUGGAGAGGCUACGCAAGGAAACAGAUGUGUGAAGCAGAAAGGCCACAACAAUAUGCCAGCAUGCUCAUUUUUGCAAGAUACUCAUAACAAGGAUGACAACAGACUGGAACAGAUGCACCCCAGAAUUGUGUUUGCUGAUGUUGCAUAAGCUAAAGGAUGCUGGGUAUUUUAAUGGUGACAGCAAUAAUGGAUAUUUAAAGCUUUUCCUUCUCUUGCUGUUCUGCAUAAUUACUAGCAUCAUCCUAUCUUGUAUGGCCAUAGGAACAUGUGGGUAAGUUAUUUUGUCUUGGGCUAUGGAUUUUAAUUUAUAUCAGAAACUGGAAAAGAGUACCACAACAAGAAGGGAAGCCAACCUGGCUAUAAGCAGAGAUGCUUCUCUCUGAAUUGUUUCUGAGUGAAAGAGAGUUUCCUUGCAAUUGUUAGUGGGUACACAAUAUGAAUUUCAUCUUUGAUAUAUUUGCAGUAGAGUGAUUCUUAUAAUCACUGCCAAAGCACUGCCUGAAAAAAUUUUAAUAUUUAGUAAAAACUUCUUCAUGUGCAGUAUGUAUGUCAAAUCCGAGGAACUAUAAAUCCUUUGGUGGGGAGGGAAUAUGUGUGCAUAUUCAAGGGAUUUUGGGGGUGUUGUUAUGUAAAUACAAACCUAUCUCAGUUUUGGGCAAAGUGUCCUUGAGCACUUUGGAAACCAACUUGGACAUGUGUGUAUGUAGGGUGGGUUGGGAUUGUGACCAAUGCAGAAUUAUCAUUUCAAUUUCUGGACUAUGCCAAGUAAGGCCACUUUACCAGAAAAGAGGACUAUUUUAUUAAAAUAUGUCAGUGUGUUGUCUGAACAGUCACACUGUGGUUUUGAUCAUUUAUUUAAAUCCAAUAAUUAUGUUAAUUACAAAACUGAUUUUGGAUAGGAUAAAAAUAAAAUACUUCUGUAUUGUUUCAUUUUUUACCUUGUUAGGGAGGACUGGUCCUUCUGGGACUUUAAAAACUGUAAUUUAAAAUUGAAUUUGCACAAGUAAAAACAGUUUCAGAAUAAGAGCUGCAGAAUGUUACACUCCUUUGAACAGUUUGACAUUAAUUAUAUUUCUAGUUUUACCCUUGUUCAUCCAGUGACCAGAUUAAGCUGGAGAAUAUAGUCAUCUGUAAACAUAAAAAUAAAUAACUUAAAUUCCAACUUGCUGUAGUAAAGUUUGUACAUUGCCCAUCUUUUGAGGACUAGUCAGUAUUUGAGUGCAUUGUCUGUGGAUGCCAUGUAGUGAGACAUUACAGAAUAUGCUGUAAUUCCUACCUAGUUUCAUUUUACAUCAUAUAUAAUGCCUUCUUUACUUUGAUGGCUGCACUUUUUGGUAGUAUUUUGCCUUUAGCACUGCUCCAGCAUUAGACCUACUUCAAUUUGAUAAUAUUGGUAACACUGAACUUCAUAUAAAGUGCCAGCAUAAGUACAUAAAAAUAGCCAGCAUAGCAUAUAUGUGUACUUUUUAGCCAUUCUCUGAGCUUUAUUAAGAAAAAAAAGCUUUCAGGAAAAUUGACUUUUUUAAUCUUGAAAAAUUAUCAGCAAAAGAUAUUUACAAGCAGAAAUGUUUGCCUGUAUGGGAGCAGGACAGUGUUUUAGGGGUUCUGAGUAACAUACAAAACAUGAGAUACUUUCCCUAUGCAACAGGAGUGCUUGCUUUGCUUGAACAAUCAGCAGACCACAAUGUAACACAAGGAUUUUUUUUUUCUGUCACCUUUGUACAUUUAAGAGGUAAUGCUGCCAAGUUAAUUUAAGCUGUCUAAUUCUGCACUACUGCUAAUAAAUUAAUAUACAUUCACUGGAAAAAAAACUGAUUUCCCAGCAUCUCUUAAGUAUAAAUGAAAACCCUGUGAUCUUUUUAAAAUCUUUAGAAAAUCUAAAAAUGCAAUGUCACAUUUUAAUAGGGUUCAAUGUGAAUAUUUUUUUAAAAGGCAAUCCCAUUGCUAGGCGUGAACUUCAGGGUGGAAGAGAAAAUAAAUGCCCAAAAUCUCAGGGAGGAAAGAAAUGGCUUAAUAGGUACUUACUCUCUAUUCAGCCAUACUGCCCACUUUUGGCUAACUCAGCUGAUUUCCAUUCUGGAAAAGAUGCAUACAUGCAGCAUAAAUUGUACACAUCUCCCGUUCAGUGCAACUAGGAUGUCCACAGCAAUUAAAACUCAUAAAAAAUAUUUCCUGAAAAUGUGUUUUUGUUUUGGUUUUAACAAUUUUAUGUUCUGCCAUUUUUUUUCGAUGUCCCUUUCGGGACCUUUUUAUUAAUAUAACAGUAAAAAAAAGUCUGCAAACAUUUUGAAUUAUCAUAAUUUUUGCAUUAAUUUAACCCUAAAUGUGAUCAGAUCAUCAAGUUCCAAUUAUCCAUUGAAACUAAUUACAGAACUAAAAAAAAAUGUUCUUUCUUCAGUUUUACUUGGAAAACUGUUCAAGUAAAUUGUAGACCGUAUUUUUAAUUAGUAAUUAAACAAAAAGGAAACCCUCAGAAAGGGGGAUGCUAUAACAAAUUGUGGAAAUGUGUUCUAAUUUCCCUUUGUUGAGUGCUCUUCAGUCAUGCUUUUUGAUAAAGAUGAUUAAACAUAUAUUGAUGUCUUUACCAAGUAGUUAUAUACUCACCAGCCACUUUAUUAGGUACACCUUGCUAGUACUGGGCUCAACCCCCUUUUGCCUUCAGAACUGCCGUAAUUCUUUGUGGCAUAGAUUCCAGAAGGUUCUGGAAACAUUUCUCAGGGAUUUUGGUCCAUAUUGACAUGAAAGCUUCAUGGAGUUGCUGCAGAUUUGUCGGCUGUACAUCCAUGAAGUGAAUCUCCUGUUCCACCACAUCCCAGUGGUUCUCUAUUGGAUUAAGAUCUGGUGACUGUGAAGACCAUUUGAGUAGAGUGAACUCAUCCCAUUCACAAAACCAGUUUGAGAUGAUUUGAGCUUUGUGACAUGGCGCAUUAUCCUGCUGGAAGUAGCCAUCAGAAGAUAGGUACACUGCGGUUGGGGAUGGACAUGGUCAGUAACAAUACUCAGGUAGGCUGUGGCAAUUAAAGAAUGCUGAAUUGGUAGAAAGGGGCCCAAAGUGUACCAAGAAAAUAUCCCCCACACCAUUAGAGGUUGUGGGUUUGAUCCCAAGUCCUCCUCACAUUUACCAUUUUGUGAAGUGAGCUGCUAUUAUUACUAUAUAAUAAAAACAUGCAUUUGUUUUGAGUGUGUAACAGCUGGUGUAAAUUUAUGGUACUUACAAAAGUUAGCGCUGAAGGGAUAAAAGCAGAUACACAAACACAGCUCAAUCAUUUCUUCUUGGUGUCUUGUUGAGCAAACAGACACCAUAGUGUCUGUUAUUUUUGCAUUAAAUGUAAAUUUUUGUUACAUGGUAUUAAUAGCAGCUCACUACCCAAAGCGCUAAAUACAGAGAAGACACAGAAUUUGAGCCAUUGCUAAACAGUAGCUUAUCAUCUGCACAGAUCCAUGACAAAGUAGUGUUACCACUGUGACAACUGGUUGAAAAUGAAAUGGGCAAACACGUAUGCGAAUGUCUUUUAUUUUGUACCAGGUGAUAGUUGGGCUUCAGCAAACAUGUUGAUUGAGCAAAUUUCUUUUUCUUCAGUUUUAUUCUUGAAUAAAAGCAUACUUGUUUUGUUACACCUUU